AUGAGCAAAGUGUCUCCGUCAGAUCUCAAGUGUGAUCCAUCAGCUGUAGGCAGUAGAAUCACAUUUCUCAUCACGAUGGCUGCUAGGAUGUUAGGGAUCGUGUCUAAGCGAUUCAACCGAGCGGAUUUGGAGCAACCAAGUGUAGAAACUGUGGAAACUGGAGGCAGAUCUACAUUGGAUACGCCUAGUCUACCUCCUGUCUAUCAACAGUCGUCAACACGACGGUGA